ACAUUGAUAUGAUUAUGAGCAAUAAUUUAUGCUCGAAACGUAAUCAAGUAAAUAAUACUGUAUCACUGUGCGCUUUAUAUCAAAUAAACAAAUCUAAUAUGGAACUACAUUCUACCACAGUGCCCAAGUUUUUCACUUAUAUUAAUGAAACUUAUGGUCUUCCUGUUCGAAGGCUAAUCAAUAAACUCACACGACUUUCACAAACUGAAGCACGUUUCACAAAUCAUCGUAUUUUCAAUAUUCGUUGCAUGAAAAAUCAAAUUAUCCCUAAAUACCUUCGCAUACGAAUCCCAAUAUAUACUGACAAAAUCCAAAGGGCAAUAGAACAUGUCAGCAAACUAUGUCUGAAAGAAGAAAUUCACAGGAUUAUUAAGAAAUUAAGUACCAUUCGGAAUAAAAUUGAACAACUUAAAUGUAAAAUUAUGAAGAUAGUAAACUGCAGAGACUAUGGAUUUAUAAUAGAAACAUCAGACAAAGCAAGAUUAGCUACUCUCAAGAAAUCUAGAAGAAAUCAAAUCAAAAAGUUCAAUAAACUAAUGCAAGAAAAAUAUGCUUCGGAAAACAAUGAAAUUACAAAGGAAACAUCAUCGAACAUCGAUAGAACAAAGUGGGUAGUCAAUCUCUCCUCGAAAGCCUUAAGCUCAGCUGAGAUGAAAGUACUUGAAAAAGGACUAAACUUCAACAUAACAGUAGAUCAUCUAAAACCAGAAGAUGUCAUACCUAGCAUAGAAGUAGCAUUAAGCUCGGUGGAUGUGACAACUGCUGAACAGGUUAGAGCGCAGUGUGCAUUAGCACUUAAAAAACAAAAGAAGACACAGCGAAACUUAACGAAACUGGAAAAUUCAGCUUUAAACAAUCUACGAAAGGAUAAUAGUAUAGUAAUUGCUAAAUCUGACAAAGGUAACUCAACAGUAGUUAUGGACAAAUCGGAUUAUCUUAAAAAAAUGGAUGAACAUAUCCAAACAGGGCCAUAUGAAGAGAUUAAGAAACCUAUAGAUACUGUCAUGAAUAAAAUUAAGAAAUCUACAACAGAUCUGAUACGCCGACUGAAGCCAUCUCUAGGUAAGUCCGAAUGGUUUACUUUAAUGCCAAAAACUAAUAAUCCUAGCAGAAUUUACGGUACUAUUAAGGUUCAUAAAGCAGGUUAUCCCAUUAGGCCGAUAGUUGACUUCCGAAACACACCAACAUAUGAGAUAUCAAAGUAUUUAGCAUCAGUAUUACGUCCUGUUAGAGACCGUUCCAACUCUAGACUAGUAAAUUCUUACGAGUUGAAACAAAAACUUAAUGACCUGCACAUAGAAGAGGAUGAAAAAAUGGUUAGUUUUGACGUAACAAGUCUUUAUACUAAAAUACCAAUCAAUAUGGCACUGGAGGCAGUCAGAAAUCAACUAGAUACUGACUCACAACUUACUCAAAGAACCAAGGCAUCGGUUGGUGAAAUCAUGUUAGGAGUGCAGUUAUGCUUAACCUCGACAGUCUUCAAGUUUCAGGGAAAGAUAUACAGACAAACAGAAGGAGUAGCAAUGGGAUCACCAAUAUCCCCUAUAGUAGCAGAUAUAUUUAUGGAUAGUUGGGAAGAUAUGGCUUUACGAACAUAUAAUCCGACACCUAAGAUAUGGUGGCGAUAUGUAGAUGACACAUUUACAGUGUUGAAAUCGGAACAUAUCGACAGUUUCUUGACACACAUAAACUCAGUAGUUAACGCAAUCCAAUUCACCUACGAAGUAGAAAAUGAACAAGGAGAAUUACCUAUGUUGGAUUGCAGAAUAAAACGAAGGAUAGAUGGUGGUUUAGAUACUACCGUCUACAGAAAACCAACACAUUCUAACAGGUAUCUAGACUUCAAGUCAUCUCAUCCAGUGUCAGUUAAAGCGGGUUUAGUCAAAUGUCUAAAUAACAGAGCUGAGAAACUCACUAGUCAUUGUAAGGACUUAAAUAAGGAAUUGAAACACAUAAAAGAAGCGUUAAUAACUAAUAAUUAUCCCCAUCAUUUUAUUAAGAAAUUCACACGGACGCAUAAGAAGCAAAAUAAUAACACUAAUACAAAUACAAAUAAUAGUGACAACAUAAGUAGAAAGGAAAUCAGCACCUCUAUUGUGAUACCAUACAAGGAAGGAACAUCAGAAACCAUACGUAGGAUUCUCAACAAGGUUGGAAUUAGGGUGGCAUUUAAACCAACAAACUCACUUAGAGGUAAGCUGUGUCGGCUAAAAGAUCCGAUAGAACCAAUUAAGCAAAAUAAUAUAAUCUACCAAAUUCCAUGUAAUGACUGUGAAGUCAAAUACAUAGGUCAAACUAGCCGGUCGGGGUCAGUUAGAUUAACAGAACAUAGGAAUUUAGCUAAACAUAGAACGACAGACCCCAAUAAGAUCAAUAACCUAGAAAAACACUCAGCCAUUGCAUUACAUUCAUUAACACACAACCACACAAUAGGAUGGGACAAAACCACUGUACUUAAGUCUAAUAUAGCUAGGUGGAGAGAGAGAUUAAUUACUGAAUCUUUGUUCAUCGAAUCCACACCCAACACAUGUAAUAGGAAUGACGCAACACCUAUACCAGAGAUAUGGAAAACUUUACUACCAAUCAAAAAACAAAAAACAAAGAGAGAUCAGGUGACAGGACUAUAAAAUCAGAUGUCGAAAGAAGUGUGAUUACAUUGAUAUGAUUAUGAGCAAUAAUUUAUGCUCGAAACGUAAUCAAGUAAAUAAUACUGUAUCACUGUGCGCUUUAUAUCAAAUAAACAAAUCUAAUAUGGAACUACAUUCUACCACAGUGCCCAAGUUUUUCACUUAUAUUAGAGAGACAUUUCCAUGAAAUAUUUUGCAACGGAGUUCAGAUAUGAGUGAAAAUCAGAUUACAAGAGAAAUUACGUAAUGUUUGAAACAGUAAUGAGAAAAAGACUUGCCAAGAUCGGACUAAUAUUUGGUUACUAAGUUCAAUAAUGUAACAUGGUGAAUGCGAAUAGAAAUCAGAAUUAUUGGAGUGGAGGAGUGUAAUGUGUGAGAGGAUCUGAAUGAAGAGAUUUUUGAAUGUAGAAAUGUUCUGACAAGUUAUAUCCAUUGCAACUCUUUCGACCGCAGAGUUCAGGCUUCAAAAUAUUAAUUGCGAUGGCUUCCACAUUUUGAAGGAGUUUUCGGUGUACACCUCUCGUGAGAUUUGUGCGAACUCCACAGAUGACACUAAAGCCGUUUUCUGCACUUAUCGGGUGGUCAUAAUCGGACAGAUGUUCUAGAACAGAGCUAUGAACUGUUCUCCUUUCCCCAUUGUAGAAUCAGGCUAGCAUGUGUUCGGAAAUGUGCUUGGAAAUCGAACGCUGAGCACGGCUGACAUACCUCACUCCACAGGAGCAGGUGAAUUGAUAAACACACAUCGAGGUGGCCAAAGGAGCAAGUUUAUCCUCUGCACAUAAUCGAAGCAUUGGGUUGUGUCGUCAUAUGUUGAUACUGUUGAAUCCAUGAAUAAUAUCACUUUCAGAACAGUGAGAUUUCCUACAACACUCAGUUAUUGGUGCAAUAUAAUCUAAAAAUCCUCUUCAGAAAUGACUUAUGUGAAGGAUGAUGUCCAGAUUAAAUAUUAUUUGGAUCCAGUUCACAGAAAUUGUUUACGUAACACCAGGAUUUUAAGGGAAUCAUGUUCACUUCGAUGACGAUAUUUAUCACAAUAAACUCUACCAUCAUCAAGGAGUAAAUGAAACGUCAUGGAUUGUUAAUGUAAAACCAUAUCCAAUCAGACAUUUUCCAUCGAAUUCUUUCAUUUCAAUUUGUUUUAAUCACUUAAGUAUGUCAUUGGGACGCGUCAUGUACCCUUGCCCAAUUUAAACUCUUUCCAACUCUCCGUCUGUCGGGUCAGUUUCAAGGCAGAGAAAAAAUUUUACGUCAUAUGGAAACGGAUUUUCCGGUGCAAAAACUAUAUCAUAUUUCUAUCCAUCAGAUGCUUAGCUUGAAGUUGUGGAUUUUUGUACCAUCUGAAUGAACCGCCACCGCCAAAAUUACACUUGCAUUUUUGUUGGUACUUCAUUAUGGACCGUAUGUUCAUCCAGAACCAGCUGGCUGUUUCAUAGUAUUGGCUCGAAUACUGUUAUUAUUAACAUCAGGCAGACGGAAUAACCCUUUCGUCCGAAAAUAUUGUUCUGGGAGAGAAUUUGUUGAGAAAUUACUUGCUGAGAAUUCCAUACUGUCAUACAUAUUUUUUGUAAUAAAGCUAUUGUUAUUAUU